UCAUGGCCUGUGCUAGGAGGGAAGAGGACUGGACAUGAGGCAUUAGCAAGUGGGACUGAGUUAGCAACAUCGAGGACAACAACACAACAUCAAAAUGAGUGUCAACAUUGUGAGGUUUACUGCGGUUGUACUCAGUGUCUUUGGAUGGUCUCUGACACUCUCCUCAGCCACCCAAGUGGGUCUGACCGACAAAGUCCUGGUCUUCCCUUAUGAGACAGACUUCAGCUUCGUGGCCCUGAUCCCGCAGAAGGAAAUGGGGCUCAGGGCCUUCACUCUCUGCAUGCGUGUGGCCACCGAGCUGCCUGAAGAACGGCAGAUCAUCCUGUUCGCCUACCGCACCGCUGACUAUGACGAGCUUAACAUGUGGCGUGAGAAGGACGGACGCAUCUCCUUCUACAUGAGCGGUGACGGCUCCUUCUUUCAUCUGCCGCCCCUCACCACCUUCCGCACCAGCCUCUGCCUGACCUGGGAGUCUCGCACCGGCCUCGCUGCCUUUUGGGUGGAGGGGAGGCGCAGCACCUACCAGGUCUACAAACCCGGGCACACCAUCCGUCCACAAGGCACUGUCCUCUUGGGGCAGGACCCGGACAAACACCUGGGGGGUUUAGAGGCCGUGCAGAGCUUUGUAGGGGAGAUGACGGAUCUGAAUAUGUGGGACUUUGUGCUCUCCAGGAGCAUGAUCCAGGCCUGGCACUACGGACACAAGGUCCCCAAGGGCAACAUCUUUGACUGGGGCACUAUCGAGUAUGAGCUGAACGGGAACGUGAUGGUGGUUGAUGAUGACUGACUCGAUGUGGAGUCGAAUGCAGACAAGGAUCAGGCUUUGGAGAUCUGUGUUGGACUGAUACUGAUAUGCGUGAUUGUCUUUCUUAGAUUCAGUGUUGUUUUAUGUUAAAGCCCUUCAACUGUUCCUCCAUAAAGUCCACAAGUCCCUGUAUUAAUGUUAUUAGAACCUCAUAUUGACUAUGUAAUGAGAAUAGAAAGGAGCAGUGCUUUUUGUGCUUUCAGUAUCUUGAUUAAAUAUCAUCCUAUAUGGAACCUGUAACUAUUUCCAGCAGCAAAAUUCACUUGCAGCUAAAGCCAAUAGUUUGCAGUGCACAGAAGUCAGUUGUUUUACAUCAGUAACUCUUCAUUUUUAAAAUUCAGCAAGUCUUCUUAUCUCGACGCUUCAUCAAACAAAAAACACAACAUGUGACACACAAAUUGUCGAUGUGCCACAUGUUACCAUGGGGUGGCACUCUCUACUAGUUCACAUCAAACAGCAUUAUCAUGCCUCCAUCCAUCCACUAAUGUGAUGUGGCAUAGUAAUGUUUAUAGAGGUUAUGAAUGAGGCCGCAAGUAAGUCUUUAAAAUGUUCAAAAAAAGGGGUCCAGAUUAAAUUACCAUACAUUUAUUUGCAGUGCAUGAACAUUUAGCAAAUGUCAAACAACUAAUAAAACAUCAACUCACAUUACCAUGGUGCUGUAAUGUAUGAGAGAGCAAAUUUCAACAGCCUUUAAUAUUAUACAUUUUAAAUUGACAACUGCAAUGCAAAUAUAGGUUUGAAAUGUACAGCUAUAAUUGAUUUCAAAAUAUCUUCUAACUAAACUGAUCUUCUUUCUUGUCAGUAUUUAUCAUAUUGUAACAAAAACAGCUAUCAAACAUGCAAUUAGUACACUUGUCCAAUGAUACUGAUCAUAAAAAUGCGAAAUAAAGAAAGAUAUUAAAACAGCAAACUGGGAGAUGCAUUAUUUCUAGUGUAGACUCAAUGAUUUAACUGCACUCAGAGACAAAUAGCAAUUAUCAUGUUUAGAAUCCAUUGCCAUAAUGUUGCCUUUGGUUCGCGUACUCACUCAUGAAUUUUCCAUGUUUCAACUGAUGUAAGAACGCUUUUGGGUCUGAAAUAAAAUCUUGCCAUGUGCAUAACUAAUAAUGUUUGUAAUUAAAGAGAAUAUUUCAUCUUUGAA